UGGUUGUAAAAGCGUCUGCGUUCGAGACGUGUGUCGCGUUGCUUUCGUGACUCCUGUGCGUUCGCAGUAAUAGUUAAUUUUCAUUUUCAUUACAAAAAAUAGCGAUUAAGACUAAGCUAUGUAAUAAAAAUCAGUGUAUAGAUAUAACAUUUCGAUGUUAAUGUAAUGUACUAGUGAAUUUUUAUACAUAAACAAACAAAAACAUUGUGUUUUUAAAUUUUUGGGGUGAGCAAAACGAGUUACUUUCGACCGUAUCCGUGAAGGGAAAAUUAAACAGCUGUUUGAGCAUAGUAUGCUUCGUAUUGUCCCGGCUGUGGUGAAGUACCUCGCCGGUUAUGGGGCAGCUGUUGAUUUCCCUGUAAUGACAUCGUAACACAACCAAUGCGAGAGGCUGCGUCCACGACGAUAACUCUCGCAUACAAUUAACGUUAUCGCAUAGUGCCGUACUGAUAACUUAAUAAUCAAACGCAAGUCGCGCGGGUUGCACGUAUUCGUCGGCGCCCCAGUGUUAGUGUCGGUGAUUUUGAAAAUCGAAUGUGCAUUUAAAAAUGCGUGUCGGUAAUCUGUGGUCAGGCCUGGCUGUCAGCUGGGUAGUGACGUUUGUUCAGUGUCAUACGGCGGCAAGUGAAUUGGAAUCAACGAGAUACGGCCCAGCCGAAGAGAGAUUUGGUAGUGAUACAUAUACCAUAGCGAAUAUCAAUAUAACAUAUGAAGAUGAGCAUGGCGAAAUGUUUACAGACACAUCCGAGGUGAGAAAGAAACACUACGUACUACACUAUUCCUCCGGGAAGUAUGGCGAGGGGAUAGUCAGCAAUGCCCAUGGCGUAGCCGUGCACGUUCGUGGUAGGGGUCCACAGGGGGCCCAUGACCACACGGGUUGCCAGCUGCCCCUAAUCUCGACGGCUGCUCCUACGCGUCCGCUCCCAACUGAGCCUUGGAUCGCCGUCAUACGCCGAGGCAGUUGCAAUUUUGAGAUCAAGGUGCAGAACGCUUGGAAGGCGAAUGCGUCGGCGGUUCUCAUAUAUAACGACAGAGACACACCGAUGUUAGAAAAAAUGAAAUUAUCCACUGACAAUGGGCGUGAGUACGGAUUCCUUACAUCUAGUAACAUAAGCGCUAUAUUUACAUACAAGUGGAAAGGGGCGGAAAUCACUCGGCUGGUGGACAAUGGAACUCGAGUUAUGAUCGCCAUCGUGCGAGGCCAAACUUUUACACAUAUCAAUAAUAAUAUUAAUAAGACUUCAGUGCUUUUCGUCUCGAUCUCAUUUAUCGUGCUGAUGGUAAUCUCCUUAGCGUGGCUGGUCUUCUACUACAUACAACGCUUCAGAUAUAUACACGCUAAAGACAGAUUAUCGAAGCGACUUUGCUGCGCCGCGAAAAAGGCUCUGUCGAAAAUACCAGUUAAAAGCCUGAAGACUGAGGACCGGGAAGUGCAGGGCGACGGUGAGUGCUGCGCCAUCUGUAUAGAGCCUUACAAAGUGUCGGAAACGUUAAGAUCUCUUCCUUGUAGACACGACUUCCACAAGAACUGCAUCGAUCCGUGGCUACUGGAACACCGCACUUGCCCCAUGUGCAAGAUGGACAUACUCAAGUAUUACGGCUUUGUAUUCACGGGCAGUCAAGAGAGUAUUCUGCAGUUGGACGUUGAGGAAGCCAGGAGUCGCGCGCUCAGUCCCGCGAUGUCGCCCGCACGGAACAGACAUCCGCUCACAUUGCUAACAUCCGACAAUUCGUACGGUGAAGCUCACAGCGAGCGCAGUAGCCGCGCCUCUUCGCCUGACCAUCUCGUUCCGCCACACGGACAUAGGUCGAAUGAAGAGUCAUCAAGCGAAGAACAGGAAGGCUGUUCGCAAGAAGAGCCGAACCCCGGCACUAGCGAUGCCUGAGACAUCGCCUCAAGUAGUCCCAGACCACAUUUGAGAUCUCUUAGACCGCCAUGAUUUGGACAGUUCCAUGGAUUAAGGUUAUUAGCGAUGUCCCAUUCGUAGCCUAAACAUUGGGGUGUCUAAGCGGAGAUCUCAGAUUGUGGUCGAAGGCUUCCCCGUGCCAAAUCCCCCUCCCCUCGCAAUCCCGAAUGGCUGGAACUGAAUGCGAAGUGGAGUGAAUCUACCAUUGGAAUCACUGUGUGGAACUGAGCAACGCGACAUCUAUUGCGAUAAAAACACGAUUUUGUGAAAUUAACGGAAAGCGACGAGUCGAAUCCGUAUUUUGCAAAAUUGGUUCCAGUUGGACGUAAUUGUUAUAUAAAUAUCAAUAGCGGUCGAUGGUUGUGAAAUACGGAAUUAGUGUUUUAUAUGGAAAGUAAAGUUCAUAUCCUUUUGUACGAAAAAUGUUUUUCGGUGUCUGCUAAAAAUCGAUUUAAAUGCAAAAUGAACUGACAGCUGAGAGAGAUCUAUAGAAACAUUUUCUGAGACACUGAGGCAAUUAUAUGCAGUUUAAAUGUUUACUUCUAAGCUAUUAUACUUUAUAAAUGAAUUUAUUUUAGAUUUUAUCUUCUAUUAUACAACUAUUUUUCAUUAUUUAUCUCUAAGAACAGACCCGAGUUGAUUUUAAGCCGAAACGACUGCAGUAAUUACGAAUGGUUGGUUAAUAGAACCCGGGUUAACAAUGACUUGCAAUAAAAAAUAUUCUUUAUCUCUAUCUUUAUGUAUUGUAGUGUAAAGGACAGCAAUAUUAUUUACACGUGUUUUCAUCAAGUCCCAUAUCGCUAGGCCCAUCUGCAUAUAAUUGUCUAGAUACGCUAGUUUCCGUGUGUUCAUUUUAUUUAAGGUUAAUACUCAAAAAGGCAAAAAAAAUCCAGUGAUAAGAGUGGUGGAUGACAAGUGAUAUUUUAUAAGGACUAUUUAGUUAUAGUGAUAUAAACCGCGACUCCGCCUAGGCAACUGGUACCAAAUGGAUCAAAAAUUAGAUUGACCAAUUUUCUGACCUUAAAAUAUAUUUAAGUAGAAUCUAAGGUCAGCAUCAUUUCAAUAUUUAGCCAUAUUUUGUUUGGUUGAUCUCACUCUAUCCACUUAAUCGGGAAGACUUAAAAUGCGUGCGUGCAUUAUAAGAAAAUAAUCUUGUCUUACGAAACAACUGUACAUAUAUCAAUCAGCCCGUAUCUUUAGAUUCGAAUUUGGAUUGAAUCUUAUCUUGUAUUUAGUUAUGAUUUUUUUGACUGUUUAAAAAUUACUCGAUAUAAUCAAUCCCUACGUAAUGAAUUAUGUACAGUUGUUUUAAAAAGAUACAAAAUAUACUUAGGAAGGACAGAAUUGACAGUUGAAUGACAGCUGUCAGUUAAGACGUUGAAGCAAGACGGUGUUGCAUUUUUCAAAUGUUAAUUCUAACCUUCUAAUAGAUUUCAUAAUUCGUUUUAAACCUUUUCAAUGAUACUGACUUGGACAGCGUCCAAGUCGUGAUUACCGCUUAGAAAUUUGCUCGAUUGUGAAGCUCCUUAUUUUCGCGGCAUUAUCUUAGUCUGUGGUGAUUUAUAUUUGUAAUAAUAUGGUUGUUGGCCCUUUCAUUUAUCAUUGUAAGAUGUCCGUCCAUAGAAUUAACUUACCAUUUUCUAAUUAAAAGUUUUCAAUAGUUCGCUAGUUUAAAGUCUAAAAUUCUAUUCUAAUUAUAUUAUUUACUUCUCGCAUCCCAGUUCCCAGGGUGAUCAGAAGUUUAAGUUCUUCGAUAUCAGUAUAAAUAAGUUGUCUUACUAAUUUUGAAAAUAACGUUGUGUAGGGUUUCGUAAUAAAUUCUAUAUAAAUAGGGCCAAACAACCAACCCAAUCUGUUGAUCUAGGAACCAGCGGUAGACUGCAGAAUUAUGUUCUAUGGCUCUUAUUUAGUUAAUACAAUCUAGUCUGAACACGCUAGCUGCAUCGCUUUCGGUAUUGAGCCAUACCAACCAUAAACUCCAGACGUGUCAAACUUGAUGAUCGAUGUGAAGUUUUCGCGUAUUGCAUAGAGCAAAUUGUCUAUCGUGCGAGGUUAACUCCGCUUUAUAUAAAUAAGCUAUAUUCACACCGUUCAAAAAGUUUGACAAGGCCAUUUGAAUAAUAUAACAUUACUUUCGAUCCAAAAGCGAUAUAGUUAGUUUUAUUUGUAAGCUUAAAAUAUAUUAAGUUUUGUAAGCAUUUAAGUUGUAACAUGUACUUUUAAGGUACUUAUUGAAAAUCCAAUGGAUUUUAUAUUAACAAGGAGACUGGUAUGUACUUUAUGGUAACUACAGAUAUGGUCUAAAGUUGUAUAUGUAUUUACAUUCCCCUCAUAUUAUGUACUCCAUGUGUGUACAGAGUGUUAAAAUAAAAACCAAUACAGUAUUGA